AAUUAGUUUUGUAUGUAUUUGGAUUCAUUUUCUAAAUAUCAACACCAUAAAGCCUUAUCAGUUACAAAAAAUUUGGGUAGUUAAACCAUGAGUUGUGGAAAGGAGUUUGUGGAAACGUUAAAAAAAAUUGAUUAUCCCAAAGCUGAUAUUCUUAAUGGGGAAGAUUUUGACUGGUUGUUUGAGACUGUUGAAAAUGAAUCAUUUUUGAAGUGGUUUUGUGGGAAUGUGAGUGAACAGAACGUAUUAUCUGAAGAGGAAUUGGAAGCUUUUAGCAUUCUUCAGAAAUCAGGCAAGCCCAUCCUAGAAGGAGCAGCGUUGGAUGAAGUUCUUAAAACCUGUAAAACUUCUGAUUUGAAGACACCUACCCUGAAUGACAAAGAGCUGGAGAAAUUAGAGGAUGAGGUUCAAACUCUGCAGAAAUUAAAGAACCUAAAAAUUCAGCGACGUAAUAAAUGCCAGUUGAUGGCUUCGGUAACUAGCCACAAAUCUCUGAGGUUAAAUGCUAAAGAAGGAGCAGCCAAUAAAAAGCUGAAGCAGAGUCAACGAAUUCUAAAUGCUACCAGUACUAAGAUCAGUAAUGAGCUCCACACUCUUACCGAUGGAGUUGCAAAAUUACUGGUGUUCUUCAGACAUUUGAAUUUGGGUCAAGGGACAAAUCCACUGGUGUUUUUAUCUCAAUUUUCAUUGGAAAAAUAUCUAAGCCAAGAAGAGCAAAGCACAGCAGCAUUAACCUUAUAUACCAAAAAACAGUUCUUUCAAGGUGUACAUGAAGUAGUUGAAAGUUCAAACGAAGAAAAUUUUCAACUUUUAGAUAUACAAGCACCCUCUAUUUGUGAUAAUCAAGAAGUUCUUGAGGAGAGACGGCUAGAGAUGGCUAGGCUGCAGCUGGCAUAUAUUUGUGCUCAACAUCAGUUAAUUCACUUGAAAGCAAGAAAUUUGAGCCUCAAGUCAAGUAUAAAAUGGGCAGAGGAGAAUCUUCAUAGCCUCACUAGCAAGGCUCUUGGCAAAGAUAUUUUGGAUGCUAAAAUUUCUAGCUUGAACAGUGAGAUUCUGAAACUUGAAGAACAAAUCACUCAUAUAAAAGACAAAAUUUUGCCUGCUGUGGUAAAAGAGAAUGCCCAGUUAUUGAAUAUGCCAGUUGUAAAGGGAGACUUCGAUCUGCAGAUUGCUAAACAAGACUAUUACACAGCAAGACAAGAGUUAGUUUUAAAUCAGUUGAUAAAGCAAAAGGCAUCAUUUGAACUUGUACAACUAUCAUAUGAAAUUGAAUUGAGAAGGCAUUGGGACAUAUAUCGUCAGCUUGAAAACUUGGUUCAAGAACUUAGUCAAAGUAAUUUGAUGCUCCACCACCAAUUAGAAAUGCUGACAGACCCAUCAGUAUCUCAGCAGAUAAAUCCAAGGAAUACCAUUGAUACCAAGGAUUAUUCUACUCAUAGGCUUUAUCAACUUUUAGAAGGAGAGAAUAAGAAAAAAGAAUUGUUUAUAACCCAUGGAAACCUGGAAGAAGUGGCUGAGAAAUUAAAACAGGACGUUUCUUUGGUACAAGAGCAGUUAGCAGUAUCUGCUCAAGAGCAUUCUUUCUUUCUGUCCAAACUAAAUAAUGAUGUGGACAUGCUUUGUGAUGCUUUGUAUCAAGGAGGAAAUCAGCUUUUGCUUAGUGAUCAGGAGUUAAUGGAGCGGUUUCAUCAAGUUGAAUCUCAACUAAAUAAGCUAAAUCAUCUUCUUACUGAUAUUCUUGCUGAUGUGAAGACAAAAAGAAAAAUUUUGGCAUCUAAUAAACUGCAUCAAAUGGAAAGAGAAUUAUAUGUAUAUUUUUUAAAAGAUGAAGAUUAUCUGAAAGAUAUUGUGGAGAAUUUAGAAAACCAGUCAAAGAUUAAGGCUGUUGGUCUUGAAGAUUGAAAAUGAAAUAUUUACUGCACGUGCUGUGUUUUAAUGUUUUAUAUAUUAGGAGGAGCAUAUAGCUAAUAAACACUGAAAAUUUUAAAUUCGAGGUCAAUGGAACAUUUCGUUUAAUGAAUUCAAGUAUUAUAUCAAUUUGGUUUGUUAUAUGUUUGUUCAAAGUACCAGUGCUUUUUAUGACUUGAACAUUUGCUUGGUGGCACUUACUCCUGGUAACUUUUAAGUUACAGGGAAAAAGCAUUAUUAUAUAAUGCAAAUAUUUUU